AUGGCGAACGACUCCCCGGCGAAAAGUCUGGUGGACAUCGACCUCUCCGCCCUGCGGGACCCGGCCGGCAUCUUCGAGCUGGUGGAAGUGGUCGGCAAUGGCACCUACGGACAAGUCUAUAAGGGUCGACAUGUUAAAACAGGUCAGCUGGCGGCCAUCAAGGUUAUGGAUGUUACUGAGGAUGAAGAGGAAGAAAUCAAACUGGAGAUAAAUAUGCUGAAGAAAUAUUCUCAUCAUAGAAAUAUCGCCACAUACUACGGUGCUUUCAUUAAAAAGAGCCCCCCUGGACACGACGACCAGCUCUGGCUGGUGAUGGAGUUCUGUGGGGCGGGGUCCAUCACAGACCUGGUGAAGAAUACCAAGGGGAACACGCUCAAGGAGGACUGGAUCGCGUACAUCUCCAGAGAGAUCCUGAGGGGCCUGGCGCAUCUCCACAUCCAUCAUGUGAUUCACCGGGACAUCAAGGGCCAGAACGUGCUGCUGACCGAGAACGCAGAGGUGAAGCUCGUCGAUUUCGGAGUGAGCGCUCAGUUGGACAGGACUGUGGGGAGGAGAAACACGUUCAUAGGCACCCCCUACUGGAUGGCUCCUGAGGUCAUCGCCUGUGACGAGAACCCAGAUGCCACCUAUGACUACAGAAGCGACCUCUGGUCCUGUGGUAUCACCGCCAUCGAGAUGGCAGAAGGCGCUCCACCUCUCUGUGACAUGCAUCCAAUGAGAGCACUGUUUCUCAUUCCCAGAAACCCUCCUCCCCGGCUGAAGUCAAAAAAAUGGUCAAAGAAAUUUUUUAGUUUUAUAGAAGGGUGCCUGGUGAAGAACUACAUGCAGCGGCCCUCCACGGAGCAGCUUUUGAAACAUCCUUUCAUAAGGGACCAGCCAAAUGAGAGGCAAGUGAGAAUCCAGCUUAAGGACCAUAUAGACCGGACCAGGAAGAAGAGAGGAGAGAAAGAUGAAACAGAGUACGAGUACAGCGGCAGUGAGGAGGAAGAGGAGGAAGUGCCCGAGCAGGAAGGAGAGCCGAGCUCCAUUGUGAACGUGCCUGGGGAGUCCACGCUGCGUCGCGAUUUCCUGCGGCUGCAGCAGGAGAACAAGGAGCGCUCGGAGGCUCUGCGGAGACAGCAGCUGCUUCAGGAACAGCAGCUGCGGGAGCAGGAGGAGUAUAAAAGGCAGCUGCUGGCCGAGAGGCAGAAACGGAUUGAGCAGCAGAAGGAGCAGCGGCGGCGGCUGGAAGAGCAACAAAGGAGAGAGCGUGAGGCUAGAAGGCAGCAAGAACGUGAGCAGCGAAGGAGAGAACAAGAAGAGAAGAGGCGGCUAGAGGAACUGGAGAGAAGGCGGAAAGAGGACGAGGAGCGGAGGCGGGCCGAGGAAGAGAAGAGGAGAGUUGAAAGAGAGCAGGAGUAUAUCAGGCGGCAGCUAGAAGAGGAGCAGCGGCACCUGGAAAUGCUUCAGCAGCAGCUGCUCCAGGAGCAGGCCCUGUUACUGCAUGACCACCGGAGGCCGCACCCACAGCCGCCGCCGCAGGAGCGGAGCAAGCCCAGCUACCACGCCCCGGAGCCCAGGCCCCACUACGAGCCCGCUGACCGAGCGCGAGAGGUUCCUGUGAGAACAACGUCUCGCUCCCCUGUGCUGUCCCGUCGGGAUUCCCCGCUGCAGGGCAGUGGGCAGCAGAAUAGCCAAGCUGGGCAGAGAAACUCCACCAGCAGCAUCGAGCCCCGGCUGCUGUGGGAGAGAGUGGAAAAGCUGGCGCCCAGGCCUGGCAGCGGAAGCUCUUCAGGAUCCAGCAACUCGGGAUCCCAGCCCGGCUCACAUCCUGGCUCUCAGAGCGGCUCUGGGGAGCGCUUCCGAGUGAGAUCAUCAUCCAAAUCUGAAGGCUCCUCGUCUCAGCGCCUUGAAAAUGCAGCAAAAAAACCUGAGGACAAAAGAGAAGUGUUCAGACCUCUGAAGCCUGCGGACCUGACUGCACUGGCCAAAGAGCUGCGAGCAGUGGAGGACGUGCGGCCGCCGCACAAGGUGACGGACUACUCCUCGUCCAGCGAGGAGUCAGGGACGACGGAUGAGGAAGACGAUGAAGUGGAGCAAGAAGGGGCCGGGGAGCCCAUGUCCGGACCAGAGGACACCAGAGCAGCUAGGUCAUCUCUGAAUUUGAGCAAUGGGGAGACAGAAUCCGUGAGAACCAUGAUUGUCCAUGACGAUGUGGAGAGUGAGCCAGCCAUGACCCCGUCCAAGGAGGGCACGCUGAUUGUCCGCCAGACUCAGUCCGCUAGUAGCACACUCCAGAAACACAAAUCCUCCUCCUCCUUUACACCUUUUAUAGACCCCCGAUUACUGCAGAUCUCUCCAUCUAGCGGCACCACAGUGACUUCCGUGGUGGGAUUUUCCUGUGACGGAAUGAGACCGGAAGCCAUAAGGCAAGAUCCUACCCGGAAGGGCUCAGUGGUCAAUGUGAAUCCUACCAACACUAGGCCACAGAGCGACACUCCAGAGAUCCGCAAAUAUAAGAAGAGGUUUAACUCUGAGAUCCUGUGUGCUGCCUUGUGGGGAGUGAAUUUAUUGGUGGGGACAGAAAGUGGCCUGAUGCUGCUGGACAGAAGUGGCCAAGGAAAGGUAUAUCCUCUGAUCAACCGAAGACGAUUUCAGCAAAUGGAUGUCCUCGAAGGCUUGAAUGUUUUGGUGACAAUAUCUGGCAAGAAGGAUAAGUUACGUGUCUACUAUUUGUCCUGGCUGAGGAACAAAAUCCUUCACAACGACCCGGAGGUGGAGAAGAAGCAGGGGUGGACCACCGUGGGAGAUCUGGAAGGAUGUGUGCACUAUAAAGUGGUAAAAUAUGAAAGAAUCAAGUUUCUCGUAAUUGCUUUGAAGAGUUCAGUGGAAGUUUAUGCGUGGGCACCCAAGCCAUACCACAAGUUCAUGGCCUUUAAGUCGUUCGCGGACCUUGCGCACCGGCCGCUGCUGGUGGACCUCACGGUGGAGGAGGGCCAGAGGCUGAAGGUGAUCUACGGGUCCUCGGCCGGCUUCCAUGCCGUGGACGUGGAUUCGGGAUCUGUCUACGACAUCUAUCUGCCGACACACAUCCAGUGCAGCAUCAAGCCCCACGCGAUCAUCAUCCUGCCCAACACGGACGGCAUGGAGCUGCUGGUGUGCUACGAGGACGAGGGCGUCUACGUGAACACUUAUGGCCGCAUCACCAAGGACGUGGUGCUGCAGUGGGGCGAGAUGCCCACCUCCGUCGCUUACAUUCGGUCCAACCAGACGAUGGGCUGGGGCGAGAAGGCCAUCGAGAUCCGGUCUGUGGAGACGGGCCACCUGGACGGCGUGUUCAUGCACAAGAGGGCUCAGAGGCUGAAAUUCCUGUGUGAGCGCAACGACAAGGUGUUCUUUGCUUCCGUGCGGUCGGGCGGCAGCAGCCAGGUCUACUUCAUGACGUUGGGCAGGACCUCCCUCCUGAGCUGGUAG